AUGCCCCUCGCUGCAGCUGACCACGAGACCCCUGUGGUCGAAUUAGAUCAACAAUCUGCGCUCCGCCAGGAUGCCAAUGCCAAAGCUACGGCCAACGCCAAUGCCCACCUCCUCAGCAAGCUGCAGGCCGCAGCGGCACAAGACUCAAACGCCCGUCGUUUGCUGGCCAACCUCCUGACCCGCGCCCAGGCUGUCACCUCAUCAUCGGCCGCCGCAGCAUCGUCAUCAUCAUUCUCAUCACAGACUUCCUUUGGCGACCUGCGAACCAGUCAAUUCCUCGCCUCGCUCGAGGAGCCAGAUCUCCAGGCGCAGCUGCCAGCCUUUGUCAAACCACUGCCCGCCCGCAUCGCCUCAGAGGAUGUCAAGUACCUCCAUACCAAGGGUGCGCUCUCCCUGCCGCCGCUGCCUCUCCAGACCGCCCUCCUCCAGGCGUACGUCGAAUACGUUCACCCCUACAUGCCCCUGCUCGACCUCCGCGAGUUCCUAGGCGCUGUCAAUGCUCGUGAUGGCCUGUGCGGUCAGGUCAGCCUGUUUCUCUACCAGGCCAUCAUGUUUGCGGCCACGGCCUUUGUCGACAUGAAGGCCCUGAAAGAGGCAGGCUAUUCCACUAGGAAGGCCGCUAGGAGAUCGUUCUUCUCCAAGACCAGGCUUCUCUACGACUUCGAUUACGAGUCCGAUCGCCUCGUCCUCGUCCAAGCUCUGCUGCUCAUGACCUACUGGUACGAGACGCCCGAUGAUCAGAAGGAUACCUGGCACUGGAUGGGCGUCGCCAUCUCCCUCGCCCACACCAUUGGCCUCCACCGUAACCCCGCCACGACGAGCAUGCCCCUGCGCAAGCAGAAGCUGUGGAAGCGCAUCUGGUGGUCCUGCUUUAUGCGUGAUCGUCUUGUCGCCCUCGGCAUGCGCCGUCCCACCCGCAUCAAGGAUGAGGACUACGACGUGCCCAUGCUGACUGAAAACGAUUUCGAGAUUGAGCUCCUCGCGGAAGAGAACCACGCCGUCCCCGCCGAGUGCACCCUUGUCCGUGACAUCGCCAUGCAGCAGGAGCUGGCGUCCAUGUGUGUCGCCAAGGCCAAGCUGUGCAUCUGCAUCAGUCACAUGCUCAAGGCCCAGUACUCGGUCCUCAUCCGCGACAAGAUGCGCCCCGACAACACUGUCAACAGCACCAUGAUGCUGUUCCCCAACAAGAAGCUCGACAAUUUCGAGAGUGUCACAUCGGUGGACCUCGAGCUCAUGGCUUGGGCGGAGGCGUCGCGCAAGGCCACGAACAACACGAACGUGGUGCUUCCGCAGACCAUCAACGCGGCGGCCCUCGAUCUCUCGGCGUCUCCGCCAUCGACAGACAAGGACCUCGAGUCCUCCCUGGGCGGACUCACCCCGAGCGCGAGCGAGGGAUCCGAGGAGCCGGAGCUGUUGGACCUUGAUUUCCUUCAGGGCCAGGAUGACAUUGACUGGACGCCAUGGCGGGCCGGAGCUCGACAUGGACCAGUGGCUGCAGUUCCCGCCUGA